CCCAUUUAUUGUCUUUGUCCAUUAGUUUAGUCAGCAACUGCAAAUUUGUAGAGAAAAUGUAAAGAGGUGCAACAAUAGAAGAUAAAACUGACCUCAGAGACAGCCAGAAAUGUCAAUGUGCUUUCUUGAAUCGAAUGGGUCCAAAUUGAGGAAAUUAUCCAGAAGGCACUGUACCCUUCAACAAACACACACCCCCUUGUCUUUUGCUUCUCUCAGUGUAGAUUGAAGUGAUUAUUGAGUGAAUUCUAGUAAUGGCGGUUGGAAGAGAUGGUAGGGACUUUAUGGGUCUUCUUUUAGCAGUGAACUUGGUGGUUUAUCUCAUCAUUGUUGUACUAGCUGGAUGUUCUCUUGACAUAUACAUCGACGUUGAACAGAAUAACCCACAUCUGGGUGUUAAUCCAACAACAACCUUUGUAUUGAUGUUUGGGUUAAUAGCUGGAGUGAUUGGGGCUUGCUCAGUGAUAACUGGGAUCAUGCAUUUUUAUGCUUGGGGAAGUGGGAGUUUGGCUGAAGCAUCUUCUUUGGGAAACAUUUCUUGGGCUCUUAUUGCUCUAGCUUUUGGACUUGGGUGCAAGGAGAUCAUAUUAGGAGGGCAUAGAGGAAAGCCACUGCAAGUAUUAGAAGCAUUGAUCGUAAUAGCAAUGGUGAGUCAACUGCUAUACAUAGGGGUGCUUCAUGCUGGAAUGUUCUACAGCAGAUACAGGCCGUAUUACCGGAGUUACAGCAGCAACUACCGUGGCCGCGGUGGUGGCACAGACACAACCCAUGAACCUCAAACGACUGAUACUCAGACCAUAGCCUAAAAGAGAGUCGUCCUGUACAUUUAUGCUUUGGUUUGUGGUUGCAGAAUCUGCUGAUGGAGCCAGAUAAUGGUUUGUGUAAUUUGUUUUCAAGCACACUUUUGUAUGGAUUUCAUGUAGGUGAAGAAACACACUAUAUGCAUCUGUUCAUAUAUCACAUAAAUAAAACCUUAAUAAAUAAAUUAGUCUA